AUGACUUCCACCAAUGAAACUGGCCUCACCAAUGCCGUUCGUAUCAAUAGCAGUGUCAGCCAGAAGCUCUACGGCAGACCUAUCUUCGAAAGCGUCACCCUCUGGGAUGUGUAUGUACAGAAGAUGAUGAGACCUUCAGCACCCCACGACCAGGCGUCUCAGAUCGCACGUCGCAUCGGCACUCCUCUCCGUGCAUACCUCGAGCAUCGCCAUGAAAGAAGUGACCAGGUUCGCAUGGACUGGUCGUAUGCUGUCUUCCUUCACAUGAGCUGCAAGCUUGACACAAAGCAGGACUCCAUCAAUUGGGGUUGGGCAUCGGACUACUGGAAGAUGAAUUCUGGUGAUGCCUAUGUCAUCAGAGAAGAUGGCAAGCCACUGUGUCCUAGACUUCUGGAGGUCCUCUGCGCCUGGUGCUACCAAGAGCUGCAGCCCAAGUUCCAGAUAGCCAUGGAGGAGUACUACGACCGCUUUGUUGACAAGAGAAAGGAUGUCCUUGCUCUGAUAACCAAGGAGAACUUCGAGGCUUACAAAGAGAAGUUUGAGAGAGAAGGCAAGACCGCAGACUAUGGUUUCGACGAUUUCGACUUCGCCUCGGCCGAGGAGGUGUAUGAGGAAAUACUACGUACUGGUCAGAUUCAGGAUCAGAAUGCAUCGGCAAGGGAGAAGACAACGACUCGAAUUGAGUCCAGAGCGGCAUAUCUUAUCAGAUGA